AUGCCAUCGUCAUUAUUAAGACGACCAAUUGCGCAUUAUCAGUUUGAUUCACCAAUUACUGAGCAUGGCAAAAUAUGCGCUGCAUUAAUUGGACGAGGCAUUUUGCAUGCUAAUUAUCAACCAAAAAUUAUAUUUACAUCACCUGAGCUAAGGUGUAUUCAAACAGCACAUUCAAUUCAACGUUCAUUGCAAAUUCAAAAUUGGUGCAUUUGUGUUGAACCAUCAUUAGCUGAAUUUACAGCCUUUCGAGAUGAGAGCCAAAAAUAUUGGCUAACAAUUGCACAGUUACAAAAACAAGGCAUACUUUCAACUGAUCAAAUUUAUACGCCAUUAUUAAAAGUUGACGAACUUUCAAAAAAUGAAACACCACAAGAAUUUAUUUAUAGGUUACAACGAUUUUACGAACAUAUCAUUGUAAAUUUUAAAGAUAGAUGUGCCAUAAUUGUUAGUAAUAUUACUGGAAUUUUUGUUCUAAAUGAUGGAAUAGCUAAAACUCCAUGGGAUUUACAAAAAUGUCACACUUUGAUGACAACCUGUCAACUAUGUGCUAUUAAAAUUACAACUAAUGGAAAAGUUUGA